AUGGGGGACAUGGCGAACGAUAUCAAGCUGCUGAAGGGCAGCUCCCACGGGGAGCUGUCCCAGAAGGUCGCACAGCGCGUCCGCGACGAGGAUGUCUUCAUUCUGCAAUCGAGCGAGCCUGGCAACGUCAACGACGGCCUCAUGGAGCUUCUGAUCAUGAUCCACGCCUGCAGAACCGCAUCCGCCCGCCGAAUCACCGCCGUCAUUCGUCAGUACCACCGAAAAGACAAGAAGGACAAGAGUCGUGCUCCGAUCAGCGCGAAGCUGGUUGCCAACAUGCUCCAGGUUUCGGGAUGCAACCACGUUAUCACGAUGGACCUUCACGCCUCGCAGAUCCAGGGAUUCUUCAACAUCCCCGUCGACAACCUGUACGCUGAGCCUAGUGUGCUCCAGUGGAUCAAGUCCAACAUGAGCGUCGAGGACACCGUCAUCGUCUCCCCCGACGCCGGCGGUGCCAAGCGAGCCACCGGUAUUGCCGAUCGCCUCGAGACUGGCUUCGCCCUGAUCCACAAGGAGCGCCCUCGCCCCAACGUCGUCGGCCGCAUGAUUCUCGUCGGAGACGUCAGAGACAAGAUCGCCAUCCUGGUCGACGACAUGGCCGACACCUGCGGUACCCUCGCCAAGGCUGCUGAGACUCUCAACAACGCCGGUGCUCGUGAGGUCAUCGCCAUCGUCACCCACGGCGUCCUCAGCGGCAACGCCGUCGAGACGCUCAACAACAGCUGCCUGUCCCGCAUCGUCGUGACCAACACUGUGCCCCUCGGCGACAAGAUCGAGCGCUGCCCCAAGCUGCGCGUCAUCGACAUCAGCCAGGUCCUUGGUGAGGCCAUCCGCCGCACCCACAACGGCGAGAGCGUCAGCUACCUCUUCAACCACGUUCCCGUGUAG